AUGCCUAAAACCAGAAAGCAAAAAAAUAACAAUCGCGUUAUUAAUUCAUAUGCCAAGUUUAAUAAAGUUGGCGACGACAACGACAACUAUAAUUACGUUUUUAAACCGACGUUCCCUUCCAGCUUAACAAUAAAUGAAAUUAUAAGCGUUAUUAAAGCACCUAGCAAUAAUAAAAAGGCAAAAUCAUUUCCAAAUUCUUUCAUCACGUAUAAAAAAGCAUUAAUUAAAGAGAAUCGAAUUAGAAACAUUAAAUUACCUCCUAUGGAACAACUUUCUAAAGUUGCUUCAUGUUAUUGGAAUAAAGAACCAGAAAACGUGAAGGAAUUUUACAGAAAUCUAUCCGAGGAUGCUAAAUCUUUGUAUAAGCAAAAUGAAAUUCAAAUCGUAUUUGAUAAACAUAUGAAUGAAGUUGAAGAAACCGGGCAGGUUUCACAUAUGACAAGCAUGAUUAAUAAAGCUGACUCGAUUUAUGUCAAUUAUACUCAAGGCCUUGAAGAUCCCAUUGAAAAUAUAAUCUAUACGCAAAAUUCAACAAGCGGGUAUCUUCAGAUCGAAGAUGAUUUUGCAAGCGUUAUGAAUUCUUCUCUUGGCGGCAAUUCUAAUAAUAGCUCCCAAGAGAGUUUUUCAAAUUGCAACUUUUUCGAAUACCCGAAUAGAAUGAAUGAAGUUGCUUACGAUCAAGAAUAUAUUAGAAUAUUGGAAUGCGAAAACGUGCAGUUAUCACCUCUGCGUAUCAAUACAGAUUAUGUCAAUUAUACACAAGGCAUUGAGGUUCCCGUUGAGGAUAUAAUCUUUACACCGAAUUCUAUUGAUUAUCCCACUUGUAACAUUUUCGAUCAAGAGUAUGGAAUGGAACAUAUGUUUAAUGAUUUCGUAUUUAUUGAAAAUAAUCAAGGAAGUAGGCAAAUUUCAACUUGUGACGAAAAUUCAGAUUAUGUCAAUUAUGAAUUCUUCCCUUGA